AUGGCUGAAGUAGCUAAGGCAGACAAGGUUCUCCUGGAUGAUGGAGCAAGGAGGCUGCCAUUUUCUGCAUUUGCUUUAGGAUUUAUUCACUUGUACUUUUUGCAUAUUGCAUUACCAAGAUUGGAAGGGAAUAGUAUCGAAAGACGUCGAGAUCAAGACAAGCUAUCACCAACAUUCGAGCAACAAUCCAAAGGAACAUCUCACAAGCUGAACCCUAAACCCUCAAAAGUUGAUUUAACCUUUGGUGCGCCGCAAAGGGUAAAAGAACUGUAUGCUACCUUGAGCUGCACCACAAGGCAAAGCAAACUUGAAAAACGAGCAGCACACAUAAAGCCAGGAUCAGACAAAUUCGCCAACGAGAUUAUCAAGUGCCACUCUAGGACACACAAUUCUCAAUCUUGCCCGGUGGAACGCGCGGUAGCGGCGGCGGAAGGCGGGAUCGGAGAUGCCGUGGCGCCAGGACUUGCACACGAGGGAUGCGCGGACGAGGCACGCCGGCUGUCCUGCCGGGAGGCGGAGGAGGAUCUCGCCGACGAGGUCGUCCACCAGCUCCGGCGCCGCCAUGACGCUGGCCUCGCCGCUUCUAGCGGAAGCACCGUCACUGGACUCGCUGACGGGGACGGCCGUCGGCUCCAUGUCGCCCGGCCUGGGUGGCAGUAG